UCUACACAGUAGUGCAUUUGGGCUGAUCGGUUAAUGUGAUUUACGGACGUAUUUGAAAAAUAUUCGAAUCGCAAUCCAUCUUCAAAUAUUUAAAUUCAUGUGAGAUCGCCCGGUCCACAAAUUUUUGGCGCGAAUACCCUGACAGCUUGAAGGUUAAGUGAAACCAUCUUUGGAGUAAAUCACUUCUUUUUGUUUCUUUUAUUUGUUACAUUGUGACACGUAUGAGAAUCAUACUUGUUAAUUUUAAUCGAGACAAUGAAGGUUACUACUCCUGAAAUUUCGUGGCAUAAUCGUGACCCGGUACUGAGCGUUGAUAUACAGAAUGGUACGUGCAAAAAUUUAAAAGGAGAACCGUUUCGGAGAGUUGCAACUGGAGGAGCGGACUGUCAUGUUUUGAUUUGGCAUUUAACAACAACCGAAUGUGGUGGAGCUAUUGUGAAUUUUGCUGUAGAUCUUGAUCGUCAUCAAAAGGCAGUAAAUAUUGUAAGGUUUUCCCCUUCAAAAGAAAUUCUAGCAUCAGGGGAUGAUGAAUCAAUAAUUAUCUUAUGGAAAAUCAAGGAGAGAGAGGAACGAGAUUCUUCUCUGCUUCCAAAUGAUAUUGAAAAUAAAGAACAAUGGAUCUCCUGGAAAGUAUUGAGGGGUCAUAUCGAAGAUAUUUAUGACAUCAGCUGGUCACCAGACUCUAAUUGUUUAAUUUCUGGAUCUGUUGAUAAUACUGCUAUAUUAUGGGAUAUUCAGAAAGGACAUAAAACAAUAUUAUCAGAUCAUAAAGGAUUUGUCCAAGGAGUGUCCUGGGAUCCUUGCAAUCAAUAUGUAUGCACUAUUAGCACAGACAGAUAUUGUCGCUUAAUAAACAUUGCUACAAAGAAAGUUGUUCAACGUGUUUAUAAAUCCACAAUUCCAACACCAGUUGGUAAUCCAUUGGAGGGAAAGAUUGUACGUUUAUUUUAUGAUGACACAUUCAAAUCAUUCUUUCGCAGACUGACUUUCUCAGUAGAUGGAUCACUUAUUUUUGUUCCCUCUGGAAUAAUUGAAUCACAUGAGACUGCAGAAACUAUAUCAAAUGCGACAAUUGUUUUCUCCAGGGCAAAUUUGAAAGAACCAAUAAUGAUCUUGCCUACUAUGAAUGAGUGUACUAUAGCAGUAAGAUGUUGUCCAGUAUAUUUUGAAUUGCGGGAAGAUGGUCCAAAUGCACUGAUAACAUUACCUUAUAGGAUGAUAUUUGCUGUUGCAACACAAAGUUCUGUAUUAAUUUAUGAUACGCAACAAACCUGUCCAAUUGGUGUGAUAUCGCUAAUUCAUUAUGGUAGAUUGAACGAUCUUUCAUGGUCCAAUGAUGGUCAAAUUUUAAUUGUAUCUUCGAGCGACGGCUAUUGUUCCAUAAUACAUUUUCAAGAAAGUGAACUAGGUAAAAUUUAUAAAAUGAAUAAUCCUGUAAAUACUGUUUCAGCAAAUAUGUGUAAGAAUUCUAGUAAAAAAUCGAAAAAUAUAGUCAAAGACAAUGUAAUCAAAAGCAACAUUUCAACAUUUGAUAUUGACGAUUGUGCAAUGGAUAUUGAUCUUAAAAGUGAUACAAUCGAUAUAAUAGCACAUGAGCCUAAAGAGAUUAAUAAACAAAAGUUGAAUGAGGUAGUAGAUGAUCAAAAUAUUAGAGCAGAAGUCAAUACUUUACAAACAGACAAGAAAUCAAGUGAGGAUAUUAUUAUAGAAGAAACAGAAGAUAUCAAGUUAGUGUACAAUGAGGAAAGUAAUAGUAAUAUGAGCAAAACUAAAAUCAGAAAUACUCCAUCAAAACCUGAUAUCGCUCCUGUUAGAUGUCAUAAAACCCCUAGAAGAGUAAAAUUAAUAACUUUGUCGAGUCCGAAAGAACUUAAAAAACAAUAGCUUGCACACAAAAAUAGA